CGUUGGCAGCACUGUGUUUUGGCGUAUUCUUUGACAGCUGAUUGUCAAAACUUUGCUCAAAAUUUAACAAAAUUUUUGUGAAAUGUCCUUACCUACGGGCCUUGUUUCACACACACAGAAAGUGAAAAGCUUGUACAAGCAAGCCUUACGAUGUCUUGAGUCUUGGUAUGACCGAAGAGAGGUGUACAGAUACCAUGCCGUUCUGAUGAGGAACCGUUUCGACUUAAACAAAGACAUUAAAGAUAUGCGAAUUGCUAAAGAUUUAAUCGCACAAGGCGAGGAAGAACUGUUUAAAAAACAGCACUGGUUGCCUAGGAAAUUCCCCCAUUCUCCCGGUGGUGUCGCCCAUGGCCGGGAGGUGAUUCCCCCAGAUUGGGUUCUGGAUUACUGGCACCCCUUGGAAAAGGCGCAAUACCCUGAAUAUUUCGCAAGACGUGAGCAAAGGAAACGGGAGUAUGUGAAACUGUGGGAAAAGAAAUUCGGUAAAAGCGAGGCUUUACCACACUAAAAAGCAAAUUCAUUGUGUAGACAUUUAUUGAGUUGCAGUGUAAUAAAUAGUGAAACUUGUUAACAAAUAAACUCUUUCAUAACACAA